AUGGAAGAAUGCACUGCAGUCAAAUGUUAUCAAUGUAAUAGCAAGAAGGAUGAAAACUGCUCUAGUAAUAAAGUACAUUUUAAGUAUUUAAAAUUGUGCCCAUCAAGUCAUUUUUAUUGUCGUAAAGCCGUUUAUGUGUAUUAUUUUAUGGAUUCAUUCAAUGAUUUAACAACGCGUGAAUGCGCAAAAUCACGAAAUAUCCAAAAGGAAUGUUAUCAAGGACGUUAUACUCGAGACAGUUAUCAACUUAUCUGUGAAUGCGUAGGUUACGGCUGCAAUCCGUCUCAACAAUGCUUACCCAACUUUGUUACCUACUUUCUGUGUACAAUCUUUGUAAUUGUCAAUUAUUUUAUUACUAUUCAUAAUGAUUUAUAUUUAUUAAUCGAAAACAUUUUAGCAUAAUUUUAUCAAAACUUUCUAAACACUCAUUUAACCAAUGCUAAUAUAUUACAAUGUUUCUUAUAACUAUGUUUCAUGUGUACGUAUGGAAUAUUGUAAUCAAAUCAUAAUUAUUUCAUAUUACUAUUUGUAUUUAAAGGAUCAGUAUUACUAAAGAAAAUAUUAAGAAGUAGACAGUAAUAUCACUAGAAGAAAUAAUGAUAAAUUUAUUAACCCAAAAUAAGUAUAACAUGUUUGUUUAAUGUUGUUUUAAAGGUUAAAUUUAAUUUUAUAACCUAAACGCAGAUUAGAUAUAUAAUCGAUCACCUAGGGUUUAUAAAAUUGAAGUCCUUACAU